AGGAUCCCGGUCUUCGCGGCCGCUCCAGUCUCAGCCCGAGUCUCAGCGUCCGGCUGUCGUCCGCUGGCUUCCCGCAGCCCGCGUUCCUUUAGCUGCCUUCCGCCUGUUUCUUCUGAGUCUCUUUCAAGCCCUCACGCACCAGGUUUCCUAGUUUUAUUAUUCUCGUUCUCUUUCUCUCUCCUUCUUCGCAGCUUAGCAUGCAGAAAAAAGACCUCUCCCCUCACGGUUUCCUGCCUAGCUUCCAACAUUUCGCCACGCAAGCCAUCCAUGCGGGCCAGGAACCAGAGCAAUGGAACUUCCGAGCUGUAGUGACCCCCAUCACCUUGUCCACCACGUUCAAACAAGGGGCUCCCGGCAAGCACUCGGGUUUUGAAUAUAGCCGUUCUGGAAACCCCACGAGGAAUUGCUUGGAAAAAGCUGUGGCAGCACUGGAUGGGGCUAAGUACAGUUUGGCCUUUGCUUCAGGUUUAGCAGCCACUGUGACUAUUGCCCAUCUCUUAAAAGCAGGAGACGAAAUCAUUUGUGUAGAUGAUGUAUAUGGAGGUACAAACAGGUACUUCAAUAAGGUGGCAUCUGAAUUUGGAUUAAAGAUUUCUUUUGUGGAUUGUUCUGAAACCAAACUACUAGAGGAAGCUAUUACACCAAAAACCAAGCUUGUUUGGGUUGAAACCCCCACAAACCCUUGCUUGAAGAUGAUUGACAUUGAAGCCUGUGCACAUAUUGUCCAUAAGCACGGAGACAUUAUUUUGGUUGUGGACAACACUUUUAUGUCGGCAUAUUUCCAGCGACCUUUGGCUCUGGGAGCUGAUAUUUGUAUGUAUUCAGCAACAAAAUACAUGAAUGGCCACAGUGAUGUUGUAAUGGGCUUAGUGUCUGUUAAUUCUGAAAGCCUCCAUGAUAGGCUUCGAUUCUUACAAAAUUCUCUUGGAGCAGUCCCCUCUCCUUUUGACUGUUACCUCUGCAGUCGAGGCCUGAAGACUCUACAAAUUCGAAUGCAGAAACAUUUUGAAAAUGGAAUGGCGGUUGCCCAGUUUCUGGAAUCAAAUCCUCUGGUAGAAAAGGUCAUUUAUCCUGGGCUGCCCUCUCACCCCCAGUACGAGCUGGCCCUGCGCCAGUGCACUGGGUGCCCCGGGAUGAUCACCUUUUACAUUAAGGGCACUCUUCAGCACGCCGAGACUUUCCUCAAAAACCUGAAGUUAUUUACUCUGGCUGAGAGCUUGGGUGGAUAUGAGAGUCUUGCUGAGCUUCCGGCAAUUAUGACCCAUGCAUCAGUGCCUAAGAGCCAAAGAGAUAUACUUGGGAUUAGUGACACGCUGAUUCGACUCUCUGUGGGCUUGGAGGAUAAAGAAGACCUAUUGGAAGAUAUAGAACAAGCUUUGAAGGCAGCACAUCCUCCCAAUGCACAUUGAGCCUAGCACGUUGAACUACCGUGAGAAGUUGCUUCCUGAGGGAUCAUCAAAUCAGAAUAAUUGAAGGGACCAUGAAUGAACUUUUGCAGAAUUUUCAAGUAAAAAAUUUAAGGCACCUCAUUACCUUUCACAGCUAUAAUCCUCCAGGGAUCAUCCUUGUUGAAAACAGUUUCCUCUUUCCCUUACUGUCAUUGACAGGUGAAUUCUGUUAGUAUUUUUUUGUUAAUUUUGGUAUCCAUUUGCCUCUUAAAGAGGUAAAAUUUGGGUUGCUUUUGGGGAUUGUGCUCUUUUUUUCUCAUAGCUUAAGAUUUAUAUUGAUCAUGUUUACAGUAUGGUGAUACUGUUAACUUUUGGUGAUUUAUAUUGAUCAUGUUUACAGAAUGGUGAUAAUUCACUUUUGGUGUUUUCUCAAGAAUUUAAAUUAUUAAAUGAAUGUUUUUAAAUCAAGUGUGGUUUUUCAUAGUGUUGAAGAUGGCUCUUCAAGCAGUGGUUUGCUCCUAAUUGUGAUAAGCCAAAAAUCAAAUGCUUGUAAAGUCUAUCAUGAAAUUCUACCGAUUUAAGGUUGUGUUGCACUAUUCAAAAAGAUAAUUCUAAUUAUUAAAUGCAUUCUAUUGGGAUAUUUCUACAUCAUGGAAAUUAAUUUGUAUUCUUGGGCCAUUUUAAAGAUUUUUAUUUAUUUUUAGACAUAGGGGAAGGGAAACUGGAGGGAAACACCAGACUAUUGGUUCUUUCUUGCACACCUAAAGCAGGGGACCUGGUCUGUAACCCAGUCAUGUGCCUCAGCUGGGAUUUGAACUGGCUACCUUUCAGUUUGUGGGGUGACGGCCAACCCACUGAUUCAUAAGUCAGGACCAGGGCCCUUUUAAUUCUCAGUUCUUAGAGGUCUCAGCCUCCCCCAUGUAAGUUAAUUUUUAUAAAUUCAAUUGUAUAACUAUUAUACUCAAACAGUGUUUGCAAAUAUAGCUGUAAAUAGUAGGUCAAAACCCACUUUUGUAGAGAGAAAUCAUGCCUUUUAGGUUUUUUUCUGAAACAGAUGUAAGGCUAAAGGAAGAAAUUCUUAAUACAGAAUCUUAUAGUUUAAGUGCAUAGCAAAUUAUUGUCAAUAACUCAUAGGUCAAAUAAUUCCAUUUUUAAAGUUGUUUUAUACUAAAAGCUUUCAGUGAUUUGUUUGCUAUUACUAUUUGUUUCAGUUUUUAAAAGACCAUAUUGAACUUGAUUAGUAAUAGUGCUGCAUAAGAGGGGAAUUCAUACUAAUGCACAUUCUGAAUUAUGUGCAUUGCCCACACUCUGAAUUGUAUCUGGAGAGUGUAGAAGUUCUGUCUAUAGGUAGCAGCAUUUGAAGCAGAUCAUAAUCUCACAGUGGUUUCUGGUGGGCCUGAUUCCUUGCCAUCUAUGGACCUUAGGGCUGUGGAAAUAAACAAAGACCAGCCAAAUGAGAGGAGUAGAGGCAUUUAUUCUGAGCUUGUAAGGAAGCAGCUACUUUUACUUGUGUUUUGGCAGCGACUCAAAGGCAAGCAGAAUAUAAGGAAUUACAGAAAUGGUAAUAUCUGUUGAUAUGGAUGAGAAACUAAAACUUCCCUGUUUAAAACUAUCAGAUGGCUCUCAAAUGGGUAACAUUAAAUCACUGUUAGAAACGCUAAAAAAAAAAAAACCCCAAAAACAAACCACUAAACCCGAAAGGCAGACAGAGGAGUGGAAAAGCUAUUGUGUAAAAAAUGGAAGGCUUCAGAUACACCCCAAUCGGACUUCUGCUGGCAUUCGGGAAGUUGUAGGCAGGCUAAUCUGAGGAGGGGCAUCCUGUGUGAUUGGUUACGAAUGCAUAUUUGGCUUUUUAGCAUUGAUGGCUGAUCCUUGUUCAAAAGCAAGAACAAAACUUAGGAAAGCUGUCAAUUAUUAAUCAAGUCCUGGCCCUUCGGGGCUGAUUGUUAUGAAAGUGAUUUAGCUUCCUAGAUUGUCACUAGAGAUAGCAAUAGGUUUCUAGUAAGCCUGAUCUCUAAAAGGCUGGCUUCCUGGGUUGUUUAUUGUAGAUGAAGGUGUUGGUUUUCUGAGUAGGUUGCUUUAGACUGUGGGUCAAAGUUCUGGUUUUAUUCAUGGUCUAUCCAUUGUCCAUUUGCAUAUCCAGUCUCAGAGGUUCUGGUGAGCACUAAGUAGCUACUACUCUGUUAGUGUUCUCCAGAGAAACAGAACCAGUAGGAUAUAUGUGUAGAUGUAUGUAUAUUCAAUACAUACAACACAUGUAUAUAUAUGUGUGUAUAUAUGUACACACAUAUAUAUAUAGAGAGAGAGAUUGAUUUUAAGGAAUUGGCCUGUGACUAAGGGCUGGUAAGCUGAAAUCUAUGGGGAAGGCUGAAAAUUCAUGUAAGAGUUGUUGUAGUCUAAGGCAGAAUUGCUUUGAGAAGCGUUAAGCUUUUAAGGCCUUCAAUUGAUUAGAUGAGGCCCAAACACACUAUACAGACUUGUCUCCUUUACUCAAAGUCUACUGAUUUAAGUGUUAAUCAUAUCCAAGUGAUGCCUUCAUAGCAACAUCUAGACUGGUGCUUGAACAAAUAGCUAGGAUACCAUCGCCUAGCUAAGGUGAUGACAUAAAAAGUUAACCAUCACAACCAUGUUCUUGGCACUGCUCCUUACUGCCUGAGAAGGCACCAUUAUGUUUAUUAGGAUUUAUGAAAUUUAUCCACAGCUUUUGGUUAUCUUCAAGUAUGUCUCUCUCCGUUAGCAUAGUUCACACAAAGGUGAUGAUGAGGCUUUUAAGCAUGGCACCACCCACUUACAGUGCAUCUGCCUUUGUGGAGGGAACAUAACUGGACUGCCAUGUUCUAGGCAGGUUAUAUGAAGUUACAGGAUGCUAUUUUUUUUUUUUAAUAUUUUAUUUAUUUACCUUUUAGAGGGGAAGGGAAGGAGAGAGGGAGAGAAACAUCAAUGUAUGGUUGCCUUUUGUGCGUCCCCUGCUGGGAGCUGGCCUGCAGGGAACUGGUCUGCAACCCAGGCAUAUGCCCUGACUGGGAAUCGAACCUCGAUUGUCUGGUUCGCAGGCCCGUGCUCAAUCCACUGAGCUACACCAGCCAGGGCAGGAUGCUAUUUUAAUGGAGUUGCUUUUUAUGGCUCUUUUUCAAAAUUUCAUUCUACCUUUGCAUUUUACUCUGGGUACUGUUGAAAUUCUGAGUGAAAUUAAUAUCUUACACCAAAGUCAGCGUUUAUUAUUUUAAGUAACACACAGCAUCAUGUUUUUUUUAUACAGAGAGGUGACAUUAAGAGAAAACCUUAUGGAGCCAGGAAAGUACAACAGGCUCAUUUUUCUGGUGACUCAAUUUGUGCAUGUAUUUUUUUAUACCUGAGGUAAUUAAUUUAUAGCUGACUUCUAGCCACUUUCCAAGUUAAGUGGGGCUGUACUCUUCCUUGUACUUUUUUGUUAGUUUUUUAGUGACUACUAUUAUAAGCAAAGUGGAAAAGAUGUUCCAUUAUUUUGGAAUUUUGUGCCAAAACUACUAACUCUGAGAUGUAAGGGGCAAAAUACAAAUGUAACAAUAAAAUUUAGAAUAUUAUUUUGUUGAUAUUAAAACAUCUUUAAAAAAUUUUUAACAACAGAGUAGGUUAAAUGACCUGAAUUCCACAGAGAACCAAGGGAACAGUUGGGAACUACAAAUUUAUUUUACACAAAGAUGGAAAUGAAUGCCCUAUAUUUUUAUGACAUGAAAGUAAUAUGACUACUUUAUUAUUCAGGUGGACCUGAGGACAAUUUCAGGGAAAAGGAAAUAAAGCUUAUAAAAUGCACUUCAGAAAUAAAAGAGAGCAAAAAUGUUUCACAAAAAAUCUCUCUUAGGUCAACAUCAAGAAAAAUUUAAAAGGUGGUAAACAUGAUUAAAUUAAAAGCCAUCAAGAGAUAACAAAAGUAUUAUUAUUCAAAAUGAGAAACCUUGUCUUAGAAAUGAUCCAAAGGCAAGUAAGGAAUAAAAAAAACUUUUUCUA